ACAAUUAGGUGUGCACAGUAAGAUAUGGUGCACCGAGAAACACCUAAUUAAAAUAGCACUCUCUUAUAAUGAGGCGAUCGCUCGUUCCCACCACACGAUUUCCAGAAGAGCACACUGAUAAGUGAUAACUGCGAGCUUCGUUUCGGCUCUGCCCUUCCAUUCCAUUCGUCAGCCAAUUGACCGUUCAUCCAAUUAUAUUCAGGUGACCAUGUCGACUGCAACACUUCCAUCCACCUGCAUGUUCAGAGUGACACCUUCCACCCAACCAAAGAUUGCAUUUAUCAAGAAUCCAUCAUCCCCAGUUUCUGUGAAGAGGAGCGUGUCCAUAUCAUUUGACGGAUUGAGAGCUGACCGUUUCAGAGCAAAUGCUACUGCAUACAAGGUUAAACUGCUUUGUCCUGAAGGCGUAGAGCAUGAGUUUCAGGCAUCUUCUGAUACAUACAUCCUGGAUGCAGCUGAGGAAGCAGGAAUUGAUCUGCCUUAUUCAUGCAGGGCCGGUGCAUGCUCCAGCUGUGCUGGAAAGAUCACUAAAGGCUCGGUUGAUCAAUCAGAUGGAUCUUUCCUCGAUGACGACCAAAUUAAAGGGGGAUAUGUAUUGACUUGCAUUGCUUACCCAACUUCAGAUUGUGUCAUUGAGACCCACAAAGAGAGUGAUCUUUACUAGGCAUUUUUAAUUAGGUUAUCAUUCCCUUGUUAUGCUAAGCACGAGAACUAUUGGGGGUUAGCCUUCAAAUGUGUGCUAUUCAUUCAACUUGGUUGUUUGUGUUGAUUUAAACGAAUCAAAUAUGUCAUGUGUUUCAUGAGCUAUCUUGGUUUCCUAGAAAUUUAUUUCUCAAAUAAAUAACCCGAACUUGUGCCUAUGAGCCUACUCAUAGAGUUUGUGAAUUCUAAUGAUUUGAAGAACUUGGACCCCAUGAUUAAUUCUUUUUUUUUUGAAAGA